UCCUGGCUGUUUUGCUUCCUUACAAAUUCCUGUCUGUUGUCAGUUAACACAGCGAUGCUGGGAACAACACUGAAAUGCUGCUCACAGGGAAGUUAGACAUGCUCUUUUAAAAGGUAAAACAGAAGAGGAUUAUUAGGAAGGAUGAAUCGCUCGUGUGUCAGCUGCUUGAAAACAAUGGUGGUCAGUCUCAACUUUCUGUGCUGGCUGUGCGGUGGUUUUGUGGUGGGUUUUGGGGAGUUCCAGAUGAUACACUCCAAGUACGCCUCCCUCGUCACAACCUUCUGGCCCAUCUACCCCGCCAACACUCUGGUGGUCACCGGCACCAUCGUCAUGUGUGUGUGCUACAUGGGAGUGUUGGGAGGCAUGAGGGAGAGCCGCUGCAUGCUCAUCACUUUCUUCAUUCUGUUGGUCAUCCUGAUGCUGGUGGAGCUAGCCAUGGCACUCGUGUUCCUGAUCUACAGCAGAGAGAUUGACUCGUUCUUUGAGAAAGACCUGAUGCGAAGUUUGGAGAUCUACAGGCAGUCCAGUCCAGAAGGCAACAAGACCAUAAAAGAUGACUUUGAUGCUGUCCAGCACCUGUUCAGGUGCUGUGGAGUUCAUGGGCAGGCAGACUGGAAGGGAAACAUCCCAAUCUCCUGUUGUACCAAGGACCCCUGUAACAUCCCCUUCAACACCAACUGGCAAGAGGGGUGUGUCGAUAAACUGAAGAACUGGUUUGCCAGUAACUACCUCAGCACAGGCGCAGGUGUUGUCACAAUGUUUAUCAUACAGUUUAUUUGUCUGUCCAUCUCCAUCCCCCUGUUCUGCCACUUCAAGAGACAUGGGCUGGGUUACCAAUGAGAAGGAGCCAAAUCAAAAAGGAGCCGUUUCAAGCUGUAUCACAUUUUUAUUCAUCAGACUGGAAUCUGCCAAAGUGUUGAUAUUAGGAUGCCAUAUAUUUUCCAAAAGGAAGUCAUCUGAAGAAAAAGCCCUUGAGCUCUUUUUCUGUACUUGUACAGUCAGUGUAAACCAUCUUCAAUCAUCAAUUUUCUUUUUUGACUGUGCUUGAUUAGAGCAACCUCGAAGUACUAUUAAACUCCUCUGUGCUGUUUAACGUAAAGGUCACAUAUUAUACACAAUACACUUCACUAUGUUUUUCUAACACUACCAUGUCCCCUAGUCUGUCUACAAACCCCCCAAUUAUGAGAAAAAUCCAUCCUCCUCAUCUUUUACCUGCUCCACCUUUCCGGAAAAUGUGUGCUCAAACAGGUGGGUGACACUCCCACAGCUAGGUGUUUGUUCUGCCCUCUGAGUCUGCCUUCUCACCGUGAACAAUAGGACAUGGAGCGAGAAAGCCCGAGCCAUCCGAGCCCUUCCAGAGAGGGGACGUGGUCAGACACAGCUCAUUUACAUAUUUAAAUGUUCAGACACAGAAACAGCCUGUUCUACGCAGGGCUGAAAUAAAGCCUUUUCACACAUACUCUCCUGAAAAACUCUGGAGAUUAGGCUACCUGGAUGGGCUUUAGGUUAUAUGUGACCGCAAACAGCUGAAUUUUUCGCGCAGACUUUACCCGGAGUUUCUCCGGCCAGACAUCUAGUAUUUUUUCCACAGAAAGUCCAAGUGAGUUGAUGUCUGAACGCGGCAGCAUAUACUCCGGAGGACUCACCUCACUAUGAUCUCCAUGAACGUAAUUAAACGGCUUCAUUAUGUUUUCUGUUCAUCAGUAAGUUGUUCUCCACUCUUUUGUGGAUGUUGUCAUUUCAUUGGACUACAAAGACAAGACAAAUAUUCUCAUUAUAGCGUCGUGUAGUGGACUCUGUUGCUCCGCCCGCUACUUCCGCGUUGUUUAUUUACGUCAUGUCUUAAGUCAGGAAAUCCCCUGCGGCCCCUCCCCUCUGACAGGGAAAGUCCCCCGCUGUGAGGAGCAUAUGUGAACAGCUAGGUCAGGAGAAUUUCCGGAGCAGUCCUCCUGAAAUUAUCUAGAUAUUAUCCAGAGAGCAUAUAUGAAAACGGCUAUUGAGGGGUAUGACCAUCACCAAAUACAGGAUCAGAGUGGAUUUAGAACAAGAAACUUCACACAGCUGUGGGUGCUCUGAGACUUAAUUAAACUGGUUGAAGAGGAGGAUACUAUGUGACCUUUAAGAAACACAAAUGCACAUACUGGUCUGCCCCACUAUACUUUUGAUCUGCUUCUAUUUGUAUGAUGUUUUUUUCUGGUGUUCUGCGAUGGAUUCAAGUCCGAGCCACAGAUCACUGUUAUCUUUAAGAUUCCCUCGAUGUAAGACAUUAUACUUUAUUUUGAGAAGGCUUUUUCAGCAGGUAAAGUACCAGCUUCGUUUGUUUUAUUUUUAUGCCAAGGGUUGUCUCUAGAAAAGCACACACAAAACAUUUCCAAAUCAAACUGAAAUAUAGCCCUUAUACUUCAUUUUGAAAUUAUUGAAUUCAGUUUGGCUGCUUCUCAUCUUCAUUACCAGUCUAAGUUAUCAAUCAGCUUAUUCAUGAGGAUUUGGUUAUAAGGUAGGCUAACUAACAUCUCCUGCUAUGGCUCUUAUUGGACCGCUAAUGCUGUAUCAUUCUUUUUCUUUUGCAAUUAUCAUCAUGUUUUAUUAAUAUGUAGAUUUUUGUAAUGAUACUUCCUGUUAACAAGGAACAAAUAUCUGUUCUUCAUCAGUUCCAUUAACACUGCCAGCAGAGGGAGAUGAGCUGCAUUAACUUCUAAAGCUACAGCGAGCAGCUGGGACUGUUUUAUAACCAUAGUGUUGUGUUGUAUAAUGAGUUGUAUAUAAUUAAUUUUAAUUAAAAGUUAAACCACUUGUUCCUGUUCAGGUAGACCUUUUCUGACAGGAUGUUCAAACUCUUGAAUGGCGUUAAUGGUUUCUUGGCACUUCCAACAUUUGGCGCAGUAGUUAAGGGAAAUGUACCAUAAUUAAUAAAAUCAGGAGUGUCCUAUCAAUUAUGUCAAAAUGAUGUAAUUUUAAUAAAAAUCUGAAAUGAUUUGAAAA